UUAUAAGCUUCACAAGUCAAACCAAAUAAUGUAUGCUUUUCCAAUUAAUAGUAUAGCCUCGUUCCAAUUUGGGUAUUAAGGCAUAUAUAGACAAGACUUGGGUUGUUUCAAAGCUUUCCAAUUAGUUGGAUUUAUAGCUUCGAUUUUGUGUCGGAAAACAAUGGUGAAAGCUGCCUAUGUCGACAAAGAUGGUCUGAAGAAAGGCGCGUGGAGCGAAGAAGAAGACAACAAGCUUCGAUCGUACAUCGUUCGAUACGGCCAUUGGAAUUGGCGUUUGCUCCCCAAAUUUGCCGGGUUGCAAAGAUGCGGGAAGAGUUGCAGAUUGAGAUGGAUGAAUUACUUGAAACCCGGUGUGAAAAGGGGGGAAUUCGAUCAAGAGGAACGAGAUCUCAUCGCCAAACUUCAUCGAGAGCUCGGAAACAAGUGGUCCGGGAUUGCAGCAAAACUGCCGGGAAGAACGGACAACGAUGUCAAGAACUACUGGAUGACGCAUCUCCAGAAACGGGAAAAAUCGAACAAAUAUGCGACCGGCGAUAUUUCCGAGGAGGAAAAAUCGAGCAAUAAUCGGAGAAAAAACGAGAAAUCGUCGGCGAGAAGCGAAUUAACGUCGGUAGAUCCGAAAUCUAGCAGCAGAAAAUCGGAAAAAUCAAAGGUAUCUAAGUCUGAUGAAAUGUUUAUUCUUGAAUCAUCCAACUCGAAUUCCUCAGUAGUUUUGAAUGCUUUCAAAUGGGAUUUGAAUUUAUCUGUAGAGCAAAAUGGCCUUGAAAUAUGAAUUAUUGGCCAAAUUUUUCCUUUUCCAUUUUUCAUGAUUCAGUGAUAAUUUCUGACUCAGCCAUUCUUUCUUUUUUUGGGUUUUUUUUUUUUGGAUUUCUCAUCCUAAUUGUAAACUAGAAAAUAUUGUUGUAUGAGAAAGAUUGUAUAAAUAAAAUUGUAUCUCUCUUACA